CCUGUCAGCGGCCAAUCAGUGCGCGCGCUCGGUUGACAAGUUAGGCAGUGUUACUUGCUUGGCGCUGAGUUGCACCGUGCCGUGGUGCUCCCGUCAGGCGGAGGGAUCGGGGGAAAGUCAUCUACACAGCGCAUAGCUCAGGAUAUACUGUACACAUCCGCGGGGCUCCCGGCUGGCGGGACAUGGAGGGGCCCUCCCGGGAAGGAGACCUGCUCACUGUGAAGCACGAGCUAAAGACGGCAAACUUGACUGGACAUGCAGAAAAAGUAGGAAUCGAAAACUUUGAACUCUUGAAGGUCCUUGGAACAGGAGCCUAUGGCAAAGUGUUCCUGGUACGGAAAAUAAGUGGCCAUGACUCUGGGAAGCUUUACGCAAUGAAAGUGUUAAAGAAGGCGACCAUCAUUCAGAAAGCCAAGACAGCAGAACACACGAGGACAGAAAGACAAGUCCUGGAGCAUAUUAGGCAAUCUCCGUUCCUAGUCACACUUCAUUACGCCUUCCAGACAGACGCCAAACUUCACCUUAUUCUGGAUUACAUCAAUGGAGGGGAACUGUUUACUCAUUUAUCCCAGCGAGAGAAAUUCACGGAGGAUGAAGUCCAGUUAUAUAUUGGAGAGAUUGUACUUGCGCUUGAUCACUUGCACAAGCUGGGAAUAAUCUACCGGGAUAUAAAGCUUGAGAAUAUUCUUUUAGAUUCCAGCGGCCAUGUGGUACUAACAGACUUUGGGCUAAGUAAAGAGUUUCUGUUUGAAGAGAAUGAAAGAACAUAUUCUUUUUGUGGAACCAUCGAAUAUAUGGCACCAGAGAUCGUCAAAGGGGGAGAUUCUGGACAUGACAAGGCAGUGGACUGGUGGAGUUUAGGUGUUUUGACUUACGAGUUAUUGACUGGGGCAUCGCCAUUCACAGUUGAUGGAGAGAAGAAUUCUCAGGCUGAGAUUUCUAGGAGAAUAUUAAAAAGUGACCCUCCUUAUCCUCCAGAAAUGAGUGAAGCGGUAAAGGAUUUGAUAAAAUCUCUUUUAAGGAAAGAUCCAAAGAAGAGAUUAGGCUGUGGACCAGAAGGCUCAGAUGAAAUAAAAAAACAUUGCUUUUUCGAGAAAAUUAAUUGGGAUGAUUUGGCUGCAAAGAAAGUUGCUUCGCCGUUCAGACCAGUAAUUAAGGAUGAAUUGGAUGUUCGGAAUUUUGCUGAGGAGUUUACGGAGAUGGACCCCACAUAUUCUCCUGCUGCUAUACCAAUGAAUGCGGAUCGGAUAUUUCAGGGCUAUUCCUUUGUCGCACCCUCGAUAUUGUUUAAGCGCAAUGCUGCCAUAGCUGACCCGGUGCAGUAUCUCGGAAUUGAGCGUCCUGGAGUUACAACUAUUGCGAGGAGCGCUAUGAUGAAGGACUCCCCGUUUUAUCAGCAUUAUGAACUGGAUUUGAAAGAAAAGCCUCUGGGUGAAGGAAGUUUCUCGAUCUGUAGAAAAUGUUUGCACAAAAAAACAAACCAGGAGUAUGCAGUGAAAAUCAUCAGCAAACGAAUGGAGAGCAACACGCAGAAAGAGAUUGCUGCAUUAAAGCUCUGUGAAGGCCACCCCAAUAUUGUGAAGUUAUAUGAUGUCUACCAUGAUCAGCUUCAUACAUUCCUAGUGAUGGAACUGCUGAAAGGAGGAGAGCUGUUUGAACGCAUCAAGAAAAAGAAGCUUUUUAGUGAGUCAGAAGCCAGCCACAUAAUGCGCAAGCUGGUGUCGGCCGUUAGCCAUAUGCAUGAUGUUGGAGUGGUUCAUAGAGAUCUUAAGGCAGAGAAUUUCCUUUUUACAGAUGAAAGUGACAACUCUGAAAUAAAAAUCAUAGAUUUUGGAUUUGCACGAUUAAAACCUCCAGAUAACCAGCCCCUUAAAACGCCAUGCUUCACCCUUCAUUACGCUGCUCCUGAGCUCUUAAAUGACAAUGGCUAUGAUGAAUCAUGUGAUUUGUGGAGCCUGGGAGUUACCUUGUAUACUAUGCUAUCCGGGCAAGUGCCUUUCCAGUGCCACGACAAGACCUUGACCUAUUCUAGUGCAGAGGAUAUAAUGAGGAAAAUAAAGCAAGGGGACUUCUCCUUUGAAGGUGAAGCCUGGAAAAAUGUAUCUCAGGAGGCCAAAGAUUUAAUCAAAGGGCUUCUCACUGUAGAUCCGAAUAAAAGAAUCAAGAUGUCCACAUUAAGAUACAAUGAAUGGCUCCAGGACGGAAGCCAGCUUUCUUCCAACCCCUUAAUGACUCCAGAUGUCCUUGGUUCUGCAGGCGCCAUUGUACACAAUCAUGUGAAAGCCACAUUUCAUGCCUUUAAUAAGUACAAGCGAGAGGGGUUUCUUCUCCAGAAUGUGGACAAAGCUCCUCUGGCAAAACGACGCAAGAUGAAGAAGACCAGUACUAGCACAGAGACACGUAGCAGCUCCAGCGAGAGCUCACACUCAUCGUCUUCCCACUCUCACGGUAAAACGUCGCCUUCAAAGACUCUACACCUGGCUAAUCCCACCGAGAGCAAUAACCCAGACACCAUGUUCCAGUUCACUGACUAACUGAGCUGGAAGACCAGCAUUUCUAACCAAACUACAACGGUAGCCAGAUCAGCACAUUGGAUUACACGGUCCCCAUCGGUGUGCUUCUAGCACUUUCAUUUACCUUCGGUGCUGCAGGCAUUUGGCAGGGAAGCAACAAUCCGACAUUGACCACAACUGGCAGUCAGUCUGCUGGGUUACCGCAGCCCUCCAUAUAUGUCUGGAUGUGCAUGUUUGGAGAUGCAGUCCUCAGCUGCCAGAGGUGUCCUAUACAAGUUACUCUGUUAACCGUGAUUCCAGUAAUUAUUCCCUUCCCUAUUCUUUGCCAGUCUGGCAGGGGGAGGUUAAAGGCCUUGAUCUGUAAGGGCUGCUGUGACCAAUCGCAUGUCUUGCCUUGUUUAACCCCUUUUUUGCAAUGCAGAGGUUAAUAUGGCAUGCACAUAGCUGUGUGUCACACAUUUUGAUGGACAUGCUGUGUUUG